AUGAGAGAGGCUUUCAAUGUGUUUGAUCAGAACAGGGACGGGUUCAUCACGGUGGAAGAGCUGCGAUCUGUGUUAGCUUCCUUGGGACUCAAGCAAGGAAGAACACUAGAGGAAUGCAAGAGGAUGAUUGGCAAAGUUGAUGUUGAUGGUGAUGGGAUGGUGGAUUUCAAGGAGUUUAAGAAAAUGAUGAAAGCAGGUGGAUUUGCCGCCUUGUGA